AUGGGCGAAGAUGGCUCGCUGGAAAUAGUUUUAAACGUUCCUGACCCUUCCGACACAAUCACACGUCUGAAACGAAAGGGCGUGGCUUUACAAAAACUGGUAAAAAAGGUACCGGAAGUACCCAGAACAUCUUAUCCUCUUACCAUGGAUACCCCGUACGUAAUUAACAACCCUAAUAUAUGUGCAAACAUCACCAAUCUCAAGUUCCUUGUUAUAGUGCACAGUGCUACCCAAAACUUCCAGAGACGGCGACUGAUCAGAGAGACGUGGGCCAAUAAGAACCUCUUCAAAGGCCUCAGCGUAAGGAUACUGUUUCUGUUUGGUUUAACCCAAGACGAGAAGGUUCAGUCUCUCAUUGAAAACGAGGUGGUGUACGAAGACAUCGUACAGGGCAAUUUCUUAGACACCUAUCACAACCUGACGCAUAAAGGGGUUCUGUCAUUCCGCUGGAUCUCGGAGCACUGUCUUCACGCGCAGAUGGUCCUCAAGGUGGACGAUGACAUGUUCAUCAAUCCAUUUCUUCUCUUAGAAAAAUUCUAUCCGCUCCUGAAGUCGAAACAAAGACAUAUAUUAUGUCACCUCCGCGGGAAGGGGUCUAGCCCAAUAGUACGUGGAACCGGGAAAUGGAAGGUUGAGGACGAUCAGUUUAAAGGUUAUUCUCACUAUCCCAUCAACUACUGUAACGGUUAUGUUGUGUUGAUAUCAACAGAAAUAAUUCGGGCGAUGUACCGCGCGUCGUACAUGACGCCGUUCUUCUGGGUAGACGAUGUGUACCUCUAUGGACUACUACCGCUGAAAGCUGGGGGUGUCACACAUGAUCAGAUACGUAACAAUAUGACGCUGAAUGUCAACACCGGCAUACAGUGCUACACGAAAACGAAGAAGUGUCAGUAUUUGGCCGUGAACGCCUGGAAAGACGGGGCUAUUGAGACACUGUGGUAUGCGGCUCUGCAACAGAUUACACCACAGAUGCGAAAGGAAAUUAAUAUUGACGUGAAGGUUUGAGUGAAGCAGAGAGAGAGAGAGAGAGAGAGAGAGAGAGAGAGAGAGAGAGAGAGAGAGAGAGAGAGAGAGAGAGAGAGAGAGAGAGAGAGAGAGAGAGAGAGAGAGAGAGAGAGAGGUGUAUUUAUGUCUUGAUAUCUACAGCGUUGUAUUAGCAUUGACUGGUUCUGCGUUCCAUUAUUCAGACGCUUGUCACCGCACCAUGGAAUGUCGUGCAGCUAGGUUUAACAUUCAGGACAUUUAUGUGAUAUGUGUCAGGCACAUGUCAGAUGUUCAAAUUACCAUGUGACAAGAUUAUUAUUUACAGCCGUACAUGUUAAAAUUCUUCAUGCAUGUCUCAGCGUUAUUUUGAAAAAUAGAUAUAUAUUUUUUCUAAAACGAGUCUCUUUGUUUUUUUACAACUGAACACGUUGUCUCUCUGUGUUUGCAUAAUGAAAUCUUUAUAAAAG